GAAGACGGAGGCGGCUGCGACGUAAACAAGCCAUGAUGGAAGAGAGGCAAGGUUUCCUGCUGCUGUGUCUCCUCGUGUUUCUCUCGUCUUUGGCGUGGGGAAAAAAGUUCGAGGGAGAAGAGAAGCCGGCCUGGGCCAAGAAGGACAUUAGAGACUAUAAUGAUGCCGAUUUGGAGAGACUACUGGAUCAGUGGGAGGAAGAUGAGGAACCAUUGCCAGACGAUGAGCUACCUGAGCACCUCAGACCUCGGCCUACAAUAAACUUUGAUCCCUCAAAUAUUGGGAAUCCGGAAGAACUGUUAAAAAUGAGCAAGAAGGGCCAUACACUUAUGAUGUUUGUACAAGUGAAGGAUGAGUUGAGUCCUGACAGGGCGGAAGAAAUUACAAAAAUUUGGCAGGGUUCCCUUUUCAACAACCACAUACAAGCAGAGAGAUAUAUGGUUGAUAAACGACGAGCAAUUUUCAUGUUCAAAGAUGGUGCUCAGGCAUGGGAGGCUAAAGACUUCUUGAUAGAGCAGCAGGAGUUGAAAGAGUGUUCACUAGAGAAUAAGGUGUACCAUGGACGCUUUACACCCGAGGGGAAGGUUGCAUAUGGGGAUACUGAAACAAAGAAGCCCAAGUCUAAAUCCAAGAAAAAGGAAGAGCUAUAAUUAUGGUAUUUAUAAUGGUCUAGAUGUUUUGAUCUGUUUGCAAAUUUUUUUUCUUAAUGAAUGAUUCUGAUGUUUCAUCUUUCUUAGUUCACCAUUAUUCUCAUUCAUGCUUAGUGCUGUUAAAGUAUUUUUGAUCAUCGGCUCUUAAUAAAGAUUUUUUUGUAUGGCGGUUGUCCAUAUAUGACGAGUGUUUAUUGAUAAUUUCUUCCAAAAGUUACGUUUUAAUAGUAAUUUAACAAUUAUGCAUGUUUGUGGGAUUUCUCGCAUUACAUACAAAUCUUUAAUGUGAUUUUUGUCUUUUGGCAAAGUGGUUUAGGUUCAUAAUUUGUAACUUUGUGAAAAUGACAGAUAGGGGUAUGUUUGUAAUAAAGAAUUUAAUAGA